AGCUCAACGCGCGCGCCCCCGCCCGCAAGGUCGCCAUGCGCGCCGCGGUCACCCCCACCGCCGGUAUCCCGAUCCACAUCGAGUACUGCGAGAAAUGAAACUACAUGCCCCGGGUCAAGAUGCUGAUCAUGAAAGCUGACCAGGCUUACCCGGGCAAGUUCGAUUGGACCUACAACGUCCGCGACGUCCUCGAGCGCACCGUGCCCCCGGGCACCAGCUGGAAGGACGUCAACCAGGCCGAGAAGCCCAUCGAGGGCGGCGACCAGGCCAUCUGGCGCAAGGGCGCCUUCGAGGUCCUCAGGCUCGACACCAACGAGCUCCUCUACUCCAAGUACAACACCGGAGAGCACCUCGUCGACGGCAAGGGCGGACCCGAGGGCAAGCUCGGAUCAUUCAUCGACGUCGUCCUCGGAUCCCAGUAAGCACUCCACGUAGGAGGGUUCGAUGGGAGGGCGGUCUUGGGUACCGCGAUAUAGCUCGGAACUGCUUCCCCGCCGUCUUGGCGCGCGAACGCGUGAAUCAGAGCGCAGCAAAGCCCGAAGCCAAAGGGACUUGCGCUCAGGAAGAUGAGACUCGCGCGCCGCGGGGAUUCGCGUUUCAGAGAAUGAUCGCAUUCAUUUUUACGAAGACCGCUAACUUUAC